AUGUUGUUUCCGUUAAGGCGUGCCACAGGUGCCGCUGUUGUAAAGGCGCUUGAGAAUUUUGUUUUUCUGAACCAUAGUGUUCCGGAAACCGUAAUUGUGGACAAUGGAUCGCAAUUCACGGGUUCCGAAUUCCGUAAUCUCAUAAAACGUUACAAUAUUCCGAAUUUGUAUUACACACCAUUGUAUACACCACAAGCAAAUCUUGUAGAGAGGUAUAACAAGACUGUUAUAACUGCAGUAGCUGCUUUUGUGAAAGACAACCACAGGUCCUGGGAUAAAAACUUGUAUAAAGUCCAAUUUGCCAUUAACAGCGCGGUAAACGAGUCCACUGGUUUCUCCCCGUUUUUUCUUGUCCAUGGAAGAGAACCGGUACUAAAUGGUUCAUUUUAUAAGGACACGGAUAAGGAUUACGAGGUAGGAAUGCCAAGGGAGGACUAUGCUGGAAAUUUUGGGAUUUUACAGGACAUAUUUCGUCAAGUCAGAGAGAAUUUGUUCCAGGCUCAUGCAGAGAAUGCAACGCAUUAUAAUUUGCGGCGCAGACCAGCACGUUAUGCGGUAGGCGAUAUUGUGUGGAAAAAGACUUAUACAUAA